AUGUCAGCUUUUGGCGUGCCGUCUGGUGGCGGCGAGAUUCCAACCAAGCCUAGCCGCUUCGUCGACUCCGGAAGGGGCCAGUACCCUACUCUAUCCCAGAGUUCGUGUCGGGGCGGUAGGCAACUUGCGCAGGGAAGCGCGGGCGCCUUCGAGGCUAUGUGCGGCCAGGUAAUCAACGGCGCGGACAUCGUGCAAAGGCAUCACACCACUUUUGAAGGUUGCGCGACCGACUGUGCGACAACAAACGGCUGCCGAGCUUUCUCGUUUGAGGCCUCCUUAGCUCGCGGGUUCAAUAACUGUUAUCUCAAGUCGGACGCAUCAACCGGAUCUUUGAGCUUUAAUUCCGGCCAACAAGCCAGCGCUGGGACGCCCAAUGGCUUCCUGACAAUCGUUCCCGCCAACAACGCGGUAGCCACGCCCAGCCUUGAUCCCGGAAUCGUGAACCCUACCCCCGUCAGCGACACUGUGCCGAACGGAGCACCCGUGAACGAGACUCCCAUUGUUAGCGUCACCCAGGUUGUGACCGCCCCCAGUGGAACAAGCCCGGAAUCCCAGCAAGGCGCUACCAGCAACGGCGCCAGCCUCUCGUGGGUGGCGGCCCCUGUCGUCGGUGGCGUCGCCGCCAUCCUGGUCGUCAUCGUUCUCAUCAUCAUGUUCCGCAAGAGGAAAAACAACAGCGCCCGCUCAUCUUCUUCUGGUGGAUCAUGGGCACCGUUUGGCAAGUCGAACAAGAGAGCCCCGCCAAUGGAGGGCGAGAAAGGCAUCUUGGGGUCCAACAGGUCCAGCGCGAUGCAGAGACUAGGCUCCAGCGAUGGCAAAUCCGUUCCCGUCUACGAAGUCAAGGGGGCAAGGUAG